GGCAGCGAAUUAGUUUCCAGUCGGAAUACACCACAUACAGAAGUGCAUCGAGGACCAGAGAGCCUGGAGAAAAGUGUCUUGCGUUUCAGUGCUAUUGGCAGGAUCAGAAGUCUAAGCAAUCUUGGAAAAGUCUACAAGUGUGCGUUGGUAGCAGCAAGGAUUAAAAUGCCAAAAGCUCUCUCGACCAGUCGAGAAGUGCCGGAUUAAGGCGGAAAGUGGUACAGAUUUUUUGAAUUAAACCAGUGCCUCUUGGUUGGAUUGUGCUAGAUGCACUAGAAACUGUUUUUAAAAACUCUUCACUUGGCAGUGUAUGAACUCGCGUUAGAGAACGCUCCCUACAUAAAUUCAGUGCAUUACGUGUCGAUAAAGUAAAGACCAAAAGCCGUGUUGGUGACUAUGAAAGAUCUGGAAGUUCUUACAGCGAAACAAUUAAAACCUAGCCGUCUGUACAAAAGCGUACGCACCCAUUGGACCGUUGCGGUGUCAGAUUUUGCUCGACUUACCCACAAUCCGAUCCGUGCCAUCGUCGAGGGACUGAAGAUAGUCCCCAACCCGGACAAGCAAUUGAUUGCACUCUCGAUUGGUGACCCCACAACAUUCGGCAACCUCAAGCCGGCCCCGGAGAUCGUUGACGCCAUUCGGAAGGUGAUCGAGGACGGUUGCAGCAACGGAUACGGUCCCAGUACUGGUUUUCCGGAAGCACGCCAAGCGGUUGCGGAUUACGUUUCCCACCAGGGGGAGGUAACGGCGAACGAUGUUAUCCUGUGUAGUGGAUGCAGCUGCGCUCUGGAUCUUUGCCUAUCCGUACUAGCCGGGCCAGGUCAGAACAUAUUGAUUCCGAAGCCGGGAUUCUCGAUUUAUCGCACACUGGCGGAAGGAUUUGGAAUCGAGUGUCGUUACUAUGAUUUGAUACCCGAGAACGAUUGGGAGGUGGAUCUCUUACAGCUGGAAUCGCUGAUUGAUGCCAACACGGCCGCUCUGAUUUUGACCAAUCCGAGCAAUCCGUGCGGAAGUGUGUUCAGCAAAAACCACUUGGAGGCAAUCUUGGAGAUUGCCGAACGAUACUUUUUGCCUAUAAUUGCGGACGAAAUCUACGAACAUUUUGUUUUUCCGGGUAGGGAGUUUCACUCGGUCAGUUCACUGUCGAAGAAAGUACCGGUGCUGUCGUGCGGUGGACUGACUAAACGAUUCCUCGUUCCUGGAUGGCGUAUGGGUUGGAUUAUCAUUCAUGAUCGGGAAGAUAUAUUCCGGAAUGUGCGCAAGGGUCUGGCGAAUCUUUCGGCUAGAAUACUGGGAGCCAAUACGCUAGUGCAGGCCGCGCUGCCCGAUGUUUUGAAGAAUACCCCGCCGGCUUUCUAUGAGGAUUUGGUAUCAACACUAUAUCGCCACGCCGAAAUGGCUUACAAGGCAAUCAAACAUAUUCGUGGACUACGUCCAGUGAUGCCCGGUGGGGCAAUGUACAUGAUGAUUGGCAUCGACAUCGAAUGCUUCCCGGAGUUCGAGACAGAUUUGGAGUUUGUCCAGGCAUUAGUCGCCCAACAAAGUGUUUUCUGUCUACCUGGACAGUGCUUCGAGUAUCCGAACUAUGUACGCAUCGUGCUGACCGUUCCAGAAGAAAUGAUAAUCGAGGCAUGCAAGCGUCUGGAUGAGUUUUGCGAGAAACACUAUAAGCGGGACGACGCCAUCAUUGAGGAGCAGAAUGGAUUGCUGGGUGGAAUGAAUCGAUUCUGAAUGCGAUUCACGAUUUAGUAAAAAUAUCUGGAUGAUAGUUUAUGAAGUACACGGAUCGUUGGAUCAAUAUUUUUGAAUCAAUAAAUUUAACAUGGUGGUUGGAUUA